CGAAAACUCACGUUUCUCAUUUUUAUCUGUUGUAUUUUCCUUACUGAAAGGAGUAAAAGUGAAACCCUACACUAUGGAAGUUAUGGAAGAAGGAAAUCUCAUGGACAGGAUUCCCAUCCUGCUCCAGAGAGAUCUACAAUAUUAUGGAGCCAACCAAAAGGUUUUGCAAGAAAAUAUCUGCCCAGGUGUUGUGGGCGGUAAGCUGGACUUUCCGAGAUCUGCUUCAUUUGCUUCAGUGAAAAUCGUUGUUUGGUUAGAGGACGAAUAUUAUGCAGCCUACCGAAAAAACUCGGGACUACUUCAUCUCGAUGACGUACUGCUGGAUCACCAGGGCAAGACUGAAGAUGAAGCGGCAGGAUGUGGCGGUAUAGUUAAGUCUUCGGAUCCGGAGAAGUUCGUAUUACUGGUUGUCAAAUCGGUGGACAAUCUGCUGGAACAUCUUCACACUUUGUCUCAAGAAGCUUUGGAUCAUGCUGACCUAACUGUGCUAACGGCCACGAUUGGUGCGGCAGCUUUAGUAAAGAAUAGUCUCUUUGUAUGGCUUGGUUGUGUAACUAAGAAUGUUUGCCCGCCGAAAGGAGAUGAAAAAGGUGGAUCUCUCAAAAUGAGUUAUAAACAGUACUCCGAGAUGACUGAAGCAUUGGCGGAACGUUUACUUGAUCUACAUUGCCGUCUUUUGACUUUGUACAUAAUUCAAGAUGCUGACUGUCUGCACUGGGAAAGCCAACAUCCAUUCUUCGAAUCCGAACGAGGGUCCUACACUAUUCAAAUGUGGUGGCUCUACAUGCAAGGAACUAAGGAAGAUCUUUGGAACUCAGUUCCUCCCACUAUGGCGCAGCGGGUGUUCGCUGGAAUGCUGAAUGAAACACUGACAGUUUUGACGGUUCGAUAUACUCAGACCAUCCCGAGUCGUGCCCGAUCUAUGCUAUUGUUGGUAGAUAUUUCAAAUAUUUUGCUGUGUGUUGGGGAACUUCUCCCAGCAAUUUGUGAAAACGGCGAAGCAUUUGUUGGACUCAAUAUAACCAACCAAGGAAAAAUUAUUCGCGAUAUUCACGCCAAAUGCCAGGAGCUAUUUUGUUGUUUACUACUGCGUGGUGUACCCUUGGGAGUACUUUAUAAGAUUACCAAAAAGGGUGUGAACGCGAUUGCCAUGUUUAAUCAACGUCAAGGUCUUAUUACGCCGUGGACAAUUUUCGUUUUGCCGAAGCUGUUUCCUGUCAAUCAAAACGGUCACUGGGCCACCCGGUGCUCGGAGCUUCCUACCAAUACUGCACUUUCCUUAGAAUUGAAAGUUUUGCUGGCGGCACCGCAAGCUAACUGGUGGUUACUGUUGAAGGUCCUACUAAUGCGCGAAGCUCACCUGUCAUCGAUGAUCUUUCAUCAUUUGAUUAAAAAUUUGCCUUCAUGUGACAACUUCAUUCCCAGUUCCAAACAACCAUCUAUAAACCGCGAGAGCAUGUCGAAAAAGUGUGAAGGAUUCCUUUGUGGUUUGGAGUGUAACGAUAUUGUACAGUGGUCGCUAGAACAGCAAGAUCCCAUUGGUCAAACCAACUAUCAAGUUCUGAUGGGUCUUACUUACAUUGUGAUUAUGGCUGGCAAAACGUCUGACGUGAACAAAACGCUGAUCUCCGCCUUGGAAAAGAGCAAAAUGAAUGACUGGGCUUCCUGUCUGGAUCGUCGUCAGGUUUGGAAUCAGAAGCGACCACCAUGGCUCGAAGCAAUUCUUCAUCUGAUCUAUCCAAUUUUGGAUCCGAUCAUUGUAAUGCUCGUGUCAGCAGUGCAAACCACUGCCAGUGUCUAUCAGGCGAUGUCACUGUCCUUAUCAUGCUUCUCGGAAAUGUGGGACUGCAUCCCAGACUGUUUAUACACGAUGAUAAGCUGUUUGACGGAGAUUUUACCAGCCGAGAUCAGGCCAUUAGGUGAUUCGGUACUGAUUCAGCUUCUCUACAUGGCUUUAUACUCAAAACUGUUGGAAGCGGCUGAUAGCGAGUCUGAUGCUGAACAACGGCAGUCUAAGGAAUCGGCAUCUCAACAACCGUCACCACCAUCCGCCUCAGACGGUGGUACAACGAUUAAUAUGAAGCCAAAGUCUGUGAUUUGUCAAACACUUGCCGAGGCGAUCUGUUGCAUCGAUGAAGAUAAUAAGCACACCGAUCAAAUCAAUUCGUUGAUCAAUCAAGCCAGGGAAAGUCAACGGUCAGCAAACACUCUGGAGAAUGAAAUGGAAGAAGCUGUUGGAUUAAGUUUUGCAAGUACCUCUAAAAUUGAUGAGCUCGAUGCGUUUAUUCACAACACACCAAGUGUUCGAUCGGAAGAGGAGUUUGAUGUAGAAAAUGCGGAAUAUAUAGCGGAGAUGUUGGUGAGUGAUAUUCUGGUCACGGGCGUUGGAAAGCUGAGCAUGAAAAUGAUUUAUCAAUACAUUCGUAAGAACUUUGAAUGGAUUAUGCAGCAGCUAGGGGUUAGCGAUGUGGAGAUCAAUCCAUUGCAACCAGCUCCUGGUCAAAGCAUCAAGGAAAAACAUCAUACACUGAUCGAUGUUAUGUUUCACAUCGGAAAUCAAUCAUUUGAUCAGUUGUUGAGCGGACAGUUGGACAUAGACUAUAAUAGUUGGUUCCAAACGCCCAUGUCAAUGAGUGCGGAAAAAGCCUGGCUACAGGUUUCCCAACGGUGGGAAUUUCAACCAACGGCAACACUAUCCGUUCACGAAGCUUUGAUGGUAUCCUUUAUAACAUCUCAAUUAAAGCCAUAAAAGUCAAACUGAAAACUGUAAAAUUUGUAAUUUGUGGUUGUAAAAUUAUUCGAAUGUGUGUUCUAGAAAAUGUUAUUCUUGUCGAUUGUUUGCCCCAGAUAGCGUUACAUCACUUGAGAAUUGAUUUUCGUUUAUAAUUAAUAAAUAUCAAAAAUAACCAGAAGCCACGCAAAUCGUGGAACAACUUGCCCACACAUUGAAAACUUCACCAAAAGGCUGGAAAUUAUCUGAAUCUCGAUAUUCUGUUUUUAGUCUUGUUAAGGCGUCUUGUACUAGUUUUAAAUUUGAUCAGUGUCUUACGAAGAAAACAGAUGGGAAAAAUGACAUACGAAACCACUAUGUAAUGAAAACCACGAAAAUGUUAUCGUAGAUACGGGACACGAACCCGCAGCUAGCUUCUAACCGGGAUAAUUGUUUUGACAAGUAAACUACCCUACAUAUGAAAACACAUAAAGAGAUAACCUAAUUGACUAGAAGAACCAUGCAUGCUUCGCUUUACUUGGCCACCACAGCAUUCACCCAAGAAAACAACACACACCGCAUCACAAGUAUAUCUUCACUUUUUGCUUUGCCGUCAGACUGUGAUUAAAGAUUUUGGUUUUAUCUCUUUUGUUCCCGUCUCUGCGGGAGCAUUUUCGCGGUUUUCAUGACAUAGAUGCAUUUGCAUGUCGUAUCCGAUAUUCGGAUAUUUGAAAUUCGUAGAGCAGUAUAUUGAUAGACAAGGGUAAACUAAAGUUAGGGAAACGAACGAAUUGCUAUUUACUCACUAUUACACAUUGUUAUUCAUUAAUUAGUUCUACUACAAUAUUGCAAGAUCACUACACUUGUACUAUGUACAAUAAACGUCACCCAGUGUGAAGGAAAAAACAAAUUUUUUAAUUUUUUCGCAAGUGAUUUUCAGACAAAAAAGUCAUUAAUCAGGAAACUCACUGGAUAAAAGUUCACCCUUGAUUUUUUACAAACGCGAUUCUCACUAAAACUAAUUUCACAUGGCAAAAAAAACAGUUGAGAAAAGUUCACUAGCAAACAUUCUGAUGAUAUGAUUCUCGAACAGAAGAUUUUUAGAAAAUGAAUUUUCAACGCUUCGCAGGACACGUGAUGAAUAAAUUCGCCGAUGAACAAACACUGAACCUUUCCGAAAAUGUUCAGUGCGCGUAGGGUGGUUGAAAUGAACAACCAAUGCUAAAUUUUCUCUUAACACAUGGAUCAAUAAGUCCCGAGACUAACAAUGGAAACAACAUUUUUUUUGCAAAAUUUUUUUUUAUUCAUGAACCUUUUAGGGUGAUACAAUGGUUCCAACGUUUUUUUUUUUUUCGAUAAUCUGCUUUUUGAAUCAU